AUGGAUGGAGCAAAGAAGGGCAAUUAUCAUAAGGAAGUCGUAAACAGGAUGGCCAGCUCACCAUAUAGAGUUUGCGAGAGGGUCCUUGAUGUAGUGUCAGCAAUGUUGUCUCUACAUGAGACGUAUGGACAGCUCAGUGGAAUGGUAGAACCAAUUUUUGGAGUGCUGGGCGCUCUAUCCGUUAGUAUGGCGGUACCGGCGCUGCCCUACGCCCUUUCCUUUGCUGCUGGUGCCAUGAUCUAUGUGGUUGUUGACGACAUAAUCCCUGAAGCAAAUACAGAUGUAUCGGCGAAUACCCAACACUGUAAAAAAGGAUACGGUUGA